UAAGAACAGAAAUGGCUGCCGUGAGUAGUGUUCGUAGUGGUAGUGAUCAAAUAUCUGGAACUCAAAAUCCAAUAGUGGAUCGUUUAAAGAUACUUUAUCCUAUGGUGAAUGAAGAAGAGACUCCUCUACCCCGUUCUUGGAGCCCAAAGGAUAAAUACAAUUAUAUAGGACUGUCUCAAAAUAAUCUUAGAGUGCACUAUAAAGGUCACGGUAAGACACACAAGGACGCGGCCAGUGUCAGAGCCACAAACCCCAUACCUGCAUCAUGUGGACUGUACUACUUUGAGGUAAAAAUAGUCAGCAAGGGACGAGAUGGCUACAUGGGCAUCGGCUUGUCUGCCCAUGGUGUCAACAUGAAUAGACUACCCGGUUGGGACAAACACUCGUAUGGUUAUCACGGAGACGACGGACAUUCGUUUUGCUCGUCUGGUACAGGACAACCGUACGGACCUACCUUCACCACAGGCGACGUCAUCGGUUGUGGAGUCAACCUAAUAGAUAACACCUGCUUUUACACCAAGAACGGACACAACUUGGGCAUCGCCUUCACAGAUCUGCCUCCUAACCUGUACCCGACAGUAGGACUACAGACUCCAGGCGAGGUGGUGGACGCCAACUUCGGUCAGGCUCCGUUUGUUUUUGACAUAGAAGACAUGAUGAAGGAGCUGCGGUCCCGUAUCCGUACCACAAUACACAACUACCCUGUUCCCUCCAGCCAGGGCGAAUGGCAGGCUAUACUGCACAAGAUGGUUUCCACAUAUUUGGUUCACCACGGUUAUUGUGCCACAGCUGAAGCUUUUGCCAACGGAACAGGGCAAGUUUUCGACGAAGAAAUCACAUCUAUAAAAAACAGACAAAGAAUCCUUAAGCUGGUGUUGGCUGGCCGGAUGGGUGAGGCUAUAGACACUACGACCAGACUCUACCCCGGCCUUCUGGAACAUAACCUCAACUUGCUGUUUAUGCUCAAGUGUCGCCAGUUUGUGGAGAUGGUGAACGGUUCUGACUCGGAGGUGCGGUGUUCAUCUCGGUCGCACUUCUCCCCUUCCCCCACCGCUCCCUCGGUGAUACAAUCCACCAAGGUGUACAACGGCAGUAACAGUAGUAGUAAUCGUGUUAAGGACAGUGUAGAAGAAAUGAAUUUACAAAACUCAAUAGGGAGUGUCAACGGAAGCACAGAAGGUGAACAGAAUGGUAUCAAAAUAAAAACAGAGGAGGAGUCAAACGACGACAUAGAAAUGGAAACUUCACCGUCGGAAGAGAGGAACGGCCACACCAAUGGUUACCAGAAUGGUACGUCACACGAGGAUGCGGUAGAAGACAUGGAUGUGGAUCCUCCGUCCAGUCGUAGACAGUUGUGUGGAGGCAGUAAGUCUGCGGUUGAGAGGAUGCUGGAGUUCGGCCGAGGACUCUACCACAUGAGUCAGCGACUGAUGCAGGAACAGGGCAAAGACGAGAACAACAAGAAGAUGUUACAGGACGCCUUCAGCCUCCUAGCCUACUCCAACCCCUGGGCUAGUCCAGUCGGCUGGCAGCUGGACCCGGUACAGCGAGAGACGGUGUGUGCAGCGCUCAACAGUGCCAUACUAGAGCGCGCCGGACUGCCACGUCGCGCACCCCUGGAAGUAGCAGUUGCGCACGCCAGAGAGCUGGUGGCCACCAUGAGCCGUGCGGGCCUGGGCAGCUGCGCCUUCACCUGUGUAGACGACUUACUGCAGCACUGAGAACAGGCUGCAGUCACCACCCCAGAAGACGAGUGCCUCCAAUGCAGAAGGUCGUACUAGAAGGAUGGACAUGGUUAUGAUGUGGGCUUAGCAAGUACAUUGCUGAUUAUUUUAUGUCACUUAAAAAUUUGUAUUUCGAUUACAAUAAAAUGGUUGUAAAACCUGUUUAACGUAUAUUUGCCAUACGAUUCACUGAGUAAGUAGCCUGUUCACUGUUGCAAUAAUCACUAGGAAGGUAACCGUUCAAAGUGGUGUGAUACUCUAUGUAAUAUUUAUUGUGUAUAGAUAUUUGAUUAUAUAGAUCGUGUACAAAUGUAUUAAAUCCAUGACCUGAUGUUUUAAUUUUUUUUUAGAGCCGGCUUGUGCUUUUGGCAGUUUUCAGAGAGAAUUUUACGAAUGAUCUCACAUAUCUAUGUUUUUACAAACAGAAUUUUAUUUUCCAGGGGUUUGGAUGUAACGAUUUUAAUUCAUUGUUAUAUGUAUUCAUUUAUAGUAAAAUUUUCAUGUUGGCUUUGAUUUUUGUGGAUUGGAUAUUUUAAUUUGGAAUGUUAAACUAUUCCUUUUUCUGGAUCACAAUGGAAAUGUUAUUUUGAGUCGUUGUCUUUUGUACUAUUUAUCUUAACAUAGGAUUAACAAAAUAUAUUUGUUUGUAAUAAAUUAUAUAUAACGUG